AUGACGCUGCGACCCGACUUGAAUGGGUUGCUCCCGUCGGCUCCGGCCACAAAUGGCGACGCGUCCUCCUCCAGGUUUCGCGACCACCAAGGCGACAGCAGCGCUGACCGUAACGACAUCUCCAAUGCCGCUCCCGACAACACAAGGCCUUCAAGCGCUCCCUCCAAAAAAAAUGGCAUCGUCAACUCCGAGGCCAGAGAUGAUUUUGAGCAUUCUAGGUUACAGCGCCCGGUGAAACCUCAACUGCUGCGGUCCAAAAGCGACUAUGCUCCCCGCCACGUCGACGAUUCGGAUACCGAGGAAGAGAUCCAUGGAUGGGGAGCUCGACAUGGCUUCGAGGAUCACUACCAGUCUGAUCAUAUAAUUUCACAAUUAGCGAGCAAUUGGUACAUGUACUUCACCGACAAACGGCACGAGACCACCGGAAAACCGAAACCUUUGGAAUACGAACUUCAAGACUGGAGGCAAAGGGACAGGCUGAAAACCGUCUCAGCUGCGCUUGCAGUAUGUUUAAACAUCGGAGUUGAGCCACCGGAUCAGCUCAAGACUACUCCUGGCGCAAAAUUGGAGGCUUGGACCGACCCGACCGUGCCUCCAAUUCAGAAAGCGCUGGAGAACAUUGGAAAGGCGCUUCAGUCUCAAUACGAAACCCUAGCGAUUAGAGCUCGUUAUAAACAAUAUCUGGACCCGUCUGUUGAGGAAACCAAGAAGUUUUGCGUGUCUUUGCGGCGAAAUGCCAAGGAUGAGCGGGUUCUGUUGCACUACAAUGGCCACGGCGUACCCAAACCGACUGCUUCUGGGGAGAUUUGGGUGUUCAACAAGACGUAUACUCAGUAUAUCCCUGUUUCGUUGUACGAUUUGCAACACUGGCUCCAAGCGCCAACCAUUUUCGUAUGGGAUUGCUCAGAGGCUGGAAACAUCCUCAACAACUACCACCGCUUUGUGGAGAAGCAUGAAGAGGAGGAGGAGGAAGCCGCGGAAAGAGAUCCUCAUUACGAAAAGACAAACUUCAGGCCUUAUAUCCACCUAGCCGCCUGCGCAGUCAAGGAAAAUCUGCCUACAAACCCGCAGCUACCGGCCGACCUGUUCACAGCAUGUCUGACCACACCCAUCGAGAUGGCCCUCUUGUUUUUUGUUCUCCAAAACCCGCUGAAAACAAAACUGACUCCUGACCGCGCCAAGCAACUUCCGGGGCGUCUUCAAGAGAGACGGACACCGCUUGGCGAGCUCAACUGGAUUUUCACUGCCAUUACGGACAGCAUCGCUUGGACAACCUUGCCUCGGGAUCUGUUUCGCAAGUUUUUCCGCCAGGACCUGAUGGUUGCCGCCUUGUUUAGAAACUUUCUCUUGGCGCAGAGAGUCAUGACUGUAUACGGCUGCCAUCCACAAUCUUAUCCAGCCUUGCCUGAUACCCAUCAGCAUCCAUUGUGGGAGACGUGGGACCUGGCCGUCGACAUGGCUUUGGCGCAGCUUCCCAUGCUUGAGAAGAAGGAGAAUCAAGGCAUCGAUUACGAAUAUCAUAACUCCACCUUCUUCACGGAACAGCUCACUGCGUUCGACGUGUACUUGACCAGAGGCGACGCAAUGGCGCAGCGGCCCCCCGACCAGCUACCCGUCGUGCUGCAGGUGUUGCUCAGUCAACAGCAUCGAGUCCGCGCCCUUAUCCUGUUGGGCAGAUUCCUGGACCUUGGCCCGUGGUCGGUCCAGCUGGCGCUCAGCAUUGGCAUCUUUCCUUACGUGCUUAAGCUUCUCCAGUCUGCUGCCGCGGAGCUGAAACCAGUCAUGGUCUUCAUCUGGGCCCGACUCAUUGCCGUGGAUAUCUCGUGUCAACAGGAUCUCAUCAAAGACAGCGGUUACAGUUAUUUCGCGCAGAUCCUCAAACCCUCCGAAGGCCUCCCUGUUGUCGAUAGUGAUGAGCACAAGGCCAUGUGCGCCUUCAUCCUCGCCAUGCUCUGCAAAGACUACAAAAACGGACAGAUGGUGUGCAAUCAGACCGAUAUAAUCACCUACUGCCUGGCUCAUUUGCAGAACGAAAACAACCCUUUGCUCCGCCAGUGGGCCUGCUUAUGCAUCAGUCAGCUGUGGCAAGACUUGCCCGAGGCAAAAUGGAGAGGCAUCAGAGAAAACGCCUACGUGAAGCUCACCUACCUUAUGAGGGACCCUUGCUGCGAAGUUCGAGCUGCCAUGAUACAUGCUCUGACUACCUUUUUGGGAAUUCCAGAUUUGACAGAGGAAGUGGCUCGGAUCGAGGAGUCGAUAGCCUGGACGAUUCUGGAGAUGGGUACGGAUGGGAGCCCCAUGGUGCGCAAAGAGUUCUUGGCCUUCCUGUCUCACUUCAUCACCCGGUUUGAGAGCAAGUUUCUUGUCGCGGCCUAUGAACAGCUGCAGGAAGAAAAGGAAUACUUGAUGUACCCGCCUCGGGAUGAUGGACAGGAUCACAAGAUGGGAUUGCACUACGCACGGCCCGAAAACCGACAAAAAGACGGCACGAUCAAGCCUACAGCUCAUGGGCUGUCGCACAACACUGUCUACAUGGCUUGCUGGAAGCACGCGCUCAUUCUCAGCGUCGAUCCGCACCCUGAAGUUCAGUGCGAAGCUACUUUGAUUGUCGACUACGUGCACAAUGUCCUACUAAGCUCCACGGUUGGAGAGUCGGCCCAGACGUUGAUGCGAGACAUCCAGACGCUGGCAAGGCAGGCCGCUAUGCUGCGGAAUGCCGCGCAUGCGCACGCGCAACGAUCCAGCCUCAUCGGCGGGCAGGCCACGCCACCGCUUCCAUCCCCCGGUUUGCUCCGCAGGACGGCCAGCCUUCUCUUUCAAUCCUUGGUGGGGGGAGAAGACAAGCCAAGGCCGACCACGCCCUCGAGCGUGGCUCCCUCUCGACCGUCGUCGUCCAAGCCAGGGCCGGAUCAAAUGGUCGCGCCCCCAGAACAGCUCGACCAGGCGUCUGCACCGGCUGCGUACAGCGUCGCUCGCGAACCAAUGACUGGCGCAUACGAAGGACGUGAUCUCACAAAGACUCCGAAUCUACCGCUCAAGAGCAGAUUUCUCGAAUGGUCCAUCGAGUACUUUCGUGAACCGCAGAUGAAACCGGGCGAGGCAGACGAACCUGGCAGCACGGAAUAUAACGAGCGCCUGUGGAGACGGGCUCGCAACGAGAACAUGCUGAGGGAGACGCAGCCACUGAAGCAAAUCGCGGGCACUCACAAAUGGAACAACCAGCUGGGCGUCGUGAAUAACGGGGCUCAGCCGGCAAAGCUGACGUUUCAUCAGUACGAGGAUCAUUUGGCCGUGUCGGAUGAAGGCAACACGGUUUACGUGUGGGAUUGGAAGAAGCAAAGCCGGCUCAGCCGGUUCUCGAACGGCAACCCCCAGGGAUCCAAGAUCAGCGACAUGAAGUUCAUCAACGAGGACGACCAAGCCUUCCUGAUGACGGGUUCCUCGGACGGGGUGAUUCGCGUAUACCGCAACUACGACUCAGACAAGCAGAUUGAGCUUGCAACGGCUUGGCGUGCCUCGACGCACAUGGUCCCCAGCAACGUCAACUCGGGCAUGGUGUUUGAUUGGCAGCAAGUGACGGGCCGGGUGCUGGUGGCUGGGGACGUGCGAGUCAUUCGGGUCUGGUACGCAGCGCACGAGGCUUGCAUCAUGGACAUUCCGGCACGCUCAGGCUCGUGCGUCACCUCUCUGACAUCGGACCAAAUGACGGGCAACAUAUUCGUGGCCGGCUUCGGCGACGGCGCCGUCCGAGUGUUCGACACGAGACAGCGCCCGCAGGAUUCCAUGGUCCGCAAGUGGAAGGACGAGUCGGACCGGCAGUGGAUCAAGAGCGUGCACAUGCAGCGCGGGGGGCAGCGCGAGCUGGUGAGUGCCAGCCGCAACGGCAGGGUCCGGAUCUGGGACAUACGGAUGGACAAGCCGCUGCACUCGUUCCAGACGACCAGGGACACCUUGCGGACGGCCAGCACCCACGAGCAUCUACCCGUCUUUGCAGUCGGCACCUCGCAGCACGCGGUCAAGGUGUUCAACCUGGAUGGCAAUCUGCUCUCGCGUCUCGAGCCGUACUCUAGUUUCCUGCAGCAGAACCGACGAGCCCCCAUCUCAGCAACAGCCUUUCACCCGCACCGACCCAUUCUGGGCUGCACAGCCCAGGGCGAUUAUCACAUCAACCUCUUCACCUGCGAGAAAACGGAGGCGCUGCACUUUGGCUAG